CGCUCGGGGGGCUCGGCGGGGCCGCCCCGCGGCGUAGGGCGGCGAUUGGCGGGCGGUGUCGCUGCCCGCUGCCCGGGCUGCCCGCCCCUUCCGCCGGCCCCUUCUUACCCCGGCGGCCGAGCCCUGCGGCGUGAGCUUAGGCUCUCUCCUGUGCCCUAGGUGCCCGCGCCCGCUCCCGCCGCAGCCAUGGCCCCCGCAGCAUCAGACCUGAAACUUGGCAAAAAAGUUAAUGAAGGUAAAACGAAAGAAGUGUACGAGCUGCCAGAUAUCCCGGGAUGUGUUCUCAUGCAGUCAAAAGACCAAAUAACGGCGGGAAAUGCAGCCAGGAAGGACCGAAUGGAAGGGAAGGCUGCCAUUUCCAACACAACGACAAGUUGUGUGUUUCAGCUUCUUCAGGAAGCUGGAAUCAAAACAGCUUUUGUCAGGAAACAGAGUGACACAGCCUUCAUAGCAGCUCACUGUGAAAUGAUCCCAAUUGAAUGGGUGUGCAGAAGAAUUGCUACUGGCUCCUUCCUCAAGAGAAACCCUGGUGUCAAAGAAGGAUAUAAGUUCUACCCACCCAAAAUUGAGAUGUUUUUCAAGGAUGAUGCUAAUAAUGAUCCACAGUGGUCUGAAGAGCAAAUAAUUGAAGCAAAAUUCUGUUUUGCUGGACUUACUAUUGGCCAGACUGAAGUGGAUAUUAUGUCUCGUUCUACUCAAGCCAUUUUUGAGAUCCUAGAAAAAGCAUGGCAGCCCCAAAACUGCACUCUUGUAGACCUGAAGAUUGAAUUUGGUGUUAAUGUGCUGACAAAAGAAAUUGUUCUUGCUGAUGUUAUUGACAAUGAUUCAUGGAGACUGUGGCCAGCAGGAGACAGAAGCCAACAAAAGGACAAACAGUCCUAUCGGGACCUGAAAGAAGUGACUCCUGAAGCACUGCAGAUGGUUAAGAGAAACUUUGAGUGGGUUUCAGAAAGAGUGGAGCUGCUUCUAAAAACAAAGAGCCAAGGUAGAGUUGUGGUGCUAAUGGGAUCUUCUUCUGACCUCAGUCACUGUGAAAAAAUAAAAAAGGCAUGUGCAACCUUUGGAAUUCCUUGUGAAUUAAGAGUGACCUCUGCUCACAAAGGGCCAGAUGAAACCCUGAGGAUCAAAGCAGAAUAUGAAGGAGAUGGAAUCCCAACAGUGUUUGUUGCAGUAGCUGGCAGAAGCAAUGGUUUGGGGCCAGUAAUGUCUGGUAACACUGCUUACCCAGUUGUCAACUGCCCUCCACUCUCAGCUGACUGGGGUACUCAGGAUGUGUGGUCCUCUCUUAGACUGCCCAGUGGUCUUAGCUGUCCUACUACUCUGUCACCUGAAGGAGCUGCCCAGUUUGCUGCCCAGAUAUUCGGGUUAAACAACCAUUUAGUGUGGGCCAAACUGCGAUCCAACAUGUUAAACACCUGGAUCUCCUUGAAGCAGGCUGACAAAAAACUUAGGGAGUGCUCCUUGUAAGUCACACUAACAAGUAACUGUUACUAGUUACACAAUGAUAAUGGUGUGUGCAUAUUCAUUCAUAUUAGGAUUACCCUUGGAUGAGCUCAAAAGUCCUGCAUCAUUUCUUGCAGAAGAAAGCAUUGCUAGAGCAGAAUAGGAAGUCUGUUGUGUAGUCAUCCUUCCCUUGUGUAUUUUUUAAUAUAACAACUAAGUAGAGAUGGGGAAGUAGUAUUUUAGGUAUUUCUUUUGGUUGCUCCAGAAUGGUGCUGUUCUGCUUUUUAGUCUAUCCUGUCAACUACAGGCUAUGUCAAGAGAAUAGUUGAAUUCUAUUUAGAUCGUACCAAAUCAGUCUUCUGCAUUUCUGUAAUGGCAACAUUCUUCCAUAGUAUUAAUGUAUGUCUUGAACCUCAUUAACUGAACUGGACUGCUGACUAAAGCCACUGUUCUGCUUGCAAUGAUGAUAUGCUUUCUAUAGCAAUAAAAUGGCAACAUAUACUGUAUUAACAGGAACAGAGUGUGGAAAAAUGUUUUAAGAGCCUGAAAUAAAUACAUGCCUUAUUUAAAAAAGUAUAUACAUACAUGUAUCUUUUUUUUAAAGUGUGUGUAUAUGUACCCCAUUGAUAUCUUUUGGAAUGAUGUGAUGAAGUUAAUACCAAUUUGCUUGUUCAUAACAAGUUAUAAAUACAAAUGGCUUGAGUGACCUCUAACUUGGCUUGUUGCCUGUUUGCUCAAACUCUUGCCUAGUCCAGGCUUUGUCCUUUUAAAUAUUAGGCAGACCUACCUUCAGUAGUUCUAUAGGGCCUAUGUGAUGAUGCUGGACUGUCUUAAUACACUUCAGUAGCUGUAGCUAUUCUGUGUCUGUAUUUCUUCACUCUUUCUGUGGAAAUUUUACUGAACUGAACAGGGGAACAAAUACUGAAGCAACAAACUUUGGUGGGGGGGUGGAAAUCUAAGCAUGACUUUCUUG